AUGGAAGAACAAAAUUUACCCGAAACCGAGACCGACGUAGCCGAACUGGAGCUUGAGGCUGUGAUCGGCUUCAAUGGUGAGGCGGACGUCAUUCUGUGGGACUAUAAGAAGAGAGAGCUGAUUACUCGGCUGUCAUUGCAUAAGGGUAAAAUCGAAGCUCUGUCCUUUUCGCCCAAUGAGUUGUACUUAGUUUCACUUGGAGGCCCGGAUGAUGGAUGUGUGGUGGUUUGGAGCACAGGCAAGAGAGAUGCCAUUUGUGGCAGCCCCUUGGCGGGCCUCAACCUCGGCAAUGCCACCACCGUGGUCUUCUCUCGGUGCCGGGAUGAGAUGUUUGUCACUGCUGGAAAUGGGACAAUUCGAGUGUGGGAACUGGAUCUCCCAAAUAGAAAAAUCUGGCCAACUGAGUGUCAAACAGGACAAAAGAAAAGAAUAGUCAUGAGUACUGGAAUGGCUAGUGAUGAUGGCUUUUUCUACCUUGGCACUACAACUGGGGACAUUCUAAAAAUGAACCCCAGGACCAAACUGCUGGCAGACACUGGGCCUGCUAAGGACAAGUUCAGCUUGGGAGUGACAGCUAUCAAGUGCCUGAAGAUGGGUGGUUUGUUGGUCGGUUCUGGAGCUGGCCUGCUGGUCUUCUGCAAAAGCCCCAGCUACAAACCCAUCAAAAAAAUUCAGCUGCAAGGUGGUAUCUCUUCUAUCACAUGCCGGGGAGAAGGGCACCAGUUCUUUGUAGGAACAGAGGAAUCACACAUCUAUCGUGUUAACUUCACCGACUUCAAAGAGACUCUCAUUGCAACUUGUCACUUUGAAGCUGUCCAGGACAUUGUCUUUCCAUUUGGCACUGCUGAGCUAUUUGCUACAUGUGCCAAGAAAGACAUCAGGGUGUGGCACACAACAUCCAAUCGGGAGCUGCUUCGGAUCACCGUGCCCAACAUGACCUGUCAUGGCAUCGACUUCAUGAGAGACGGCAAGAGCAUCAUCUCAGCAUGGGAUGAUGGGAAAAUCCGAGCCUUUGCUCCAGAGACAGGCCGGCUGUUGUACACCAUCAAGCGCAUCGGAGUGACCGCCAUUGCUACCACCAGUGACUGUAAACGGAUCAUCAGUGGUGGAGGAGAAGGGGAGGUAAGGGUGUGGCAGAUAGGCUGCCAGACCCAGAAGCUGGAGGAGGCUCUAAAGGAGCACAAGUCUUCUGUGUCCUGUAUCAGGGUGAAGAAGAACAAUGAGGAGUGUGUCACUGCCAGCACCGAUGGGACAUGCAUCAUUUGGGACCUUGUGCGACUCAGGAGGAAUCAGAUGAUCCUGGCCAACACCCUAUUCCAGUGUGUUUGUUAUCACCCUGAGGAAUUCCAGAUCAUCACCAGUGGCACAGACCGGAAGAUUGCUUACUGGGAAGUAUUUGAUGGGACUGUAAUCAGAGAGUUGGAAGGUUCCUUGUCUGGGUCAAUCAAUGGUAUGGAUAUCACUGUGGAAGGAAAACAUUUUGUUACAGGUGGACAUGACCAUCUGAUCAAAGUUUGGGAUUAUAAUGAGGGUGAAGUGACUCACGUUGGGGUGGGACACAGUGGCAACAUCAUGGGCAUCCGGAUAAGUCCAGAAAACCGGUACAUCAUCAGUGUGAGUGCAGACGGAGCCAUCUUGAGAUGGAGGUACCCAUUUGCUUCGUGA